AACGAUUGAAGCAGCUGUUGGCGCUGCUUGGCGGUACGCUGGUUUUGCGUGUCGUUGAUACAAAUUUCUCGACGUUCUUCACCACGAGUUGCGCAACAGUCGCGAGAUCCGGAGCACCGUAACUUUUGGCGCCAACGGAGUAAAGGACGGCAUAUAUUCGCGAUCCGCGGGAAACAGCAGAAAAAUGCCACCACGGAAACCUGCGAAGCGGACGGCCGAGGACCCCACGCAAGCGGAGAAGGCGCCGAAGCAGAUCAAGAAGAAGUCAGGAUUGAGCGUAAAACCCGAUCUGCGAUCACUUUCAAUCGGUGGCGUUAUGCUCGUGUUCGGGCAAGGCGAUUUCGGACAGCUCGGCCUAGGGGAAGUCACCGAGAAAAUGCGUCCAGCGGCGAUAUCUGAUUACCAAGACGUUGUGGCCGUAGCCGCUGGCGCCAUGCAUAAUGUAUGCUUGAGAAAGACGGGAGAGGUAUUGACUUUCGGAUGCAAUGACGAGGGGGCGGUUGGACGGGACACUACCAAGGAAGGGUCCGAGACAGUACCGGGCGUAGUUGAAUUACCUGGUAAAGCCAUUCAGGUGACAGCCGGAGAUUCGCAUACCGCCGCAUUGUUAGACGAUGGCCGAGUAUUUGCCUGGGGCACAUUUAGGGAUACACAUGGCUCUAUGGGGCUAACGUUGAAGGGAAAUGAGCCAUUCCCUAUAGAAAUAUUACCUGAUGCAAAAGUUGUCAAAAUAGCAUCGGGUAAUGAUCAUUUAGUGUUACUUAGUGAAAAAGGACGUGUAUAUACCUGCGGAAGCGGUGAACAAGGACAACUAGGACGAGUAGCUGCGCGUACAGCCAGCAGAAAUACACGACAAGGAAUUGGUCUGCUGCUAACUCCGGGAGUAGUUGAAUUUAAAAUCAGGAAGAAGUUGUAUUUUGACGACAUAUGGGCGGGAAAUUUCUCCACUUUUGCCAAGGAACAUGAAAAAGGAGACAUAUACGUGUUCGGUCUGAAUAAUUUUCAUCAAAUUGGCUUGAAGGACAACGAAAUCCACUUUCAUCCACAAAUGUCAAAGACCUUUAGCGGCAAAGUAUGGAGACAUAUCAGCAGUGGAGAACAUCACACCAUAGCCCUGGAUGAUGGGGGACAAGUCUUUGUGAUGGGUCGCAAGGAAUACGGUCGCCUCGGGCUCGGACCUAAUUGCUCAGACGCGGAAGAACUUACGUUAGUUCCUGCUCUAACUUCUACUAAAUGUGUCGACAUAGGAGCGGGUAGCAGAGAAUCUUUUGCGGUCACAGAAUCUGGCGAUUUAUAUUCAUGGGGUAACGGAACUAAUGGAAACCUUGGAACGGGAGAUGUGAAGGAUGUCGAGGAGCCAGUAUUAGUUAAGGGAAAGCAGCUGGAGGGUAAGACGGUAGUGCGAGUCAGCGGCGGCGGCCAACACACUUUGGCUCUGGCAACGAUUCGUCCGGUCAAAGAUAAAACUGCUGGUUAAUACUGAGCAUUAUAUCUCGAGACGAUGUGUAUGUGAUAUGAAUUUAGACAAGAACGAGAAAAGGCCACACUUUACUCCUACUACUUUAUUCCUUAACAUCGGCGAUGUUACCUUGCCAAACAGAAGUGUAAGAAAUCUUCCAUUAAGUCUUCGAUUUUGUUUCGAAUCCAUAACAUUUAAAUUUGUACAUACUCUGUCGCAUUGCCAUUAAUUCAUUCAUUAUCCUUACAAUAAUUAAUAUAUUGUGUUCUUGUUGUGUCGUUAGCAUUAUUACUACUUAUUAUGUUUCGUCAGAAAUUUUUCUACUUUCACACGUUUGUGUCUCAAAGUAUACAUGGAAUAAAAUACUUUAAAUGGACAAAAGAUUAUAUUUUGAAUAAUCAAUAAAACUUGUUAAAUGUGAAAUAAGUGUGAUAGUGUCUUAGCCAAAUCAUUAUGCCAUUUAAAUUAAAUGAAAACUUAGGUAAUGUUAAAACUUAGUUAUGUAUCCAUUACUUGCAUUUAAAAUUGUGUUGUAUAAAAUCUUGGAAAAUAAACUAUUUGUAAAUGUGA